GGCGAGGUGAGGAAGAACAGAGGAGGAGAAAUGAAGAGCUCACAGAAAAUCAAGAACACGUUGAACACAAAGAUCUGAGGCUGCAGCAGAGAGGAGGGCAGCAUGAGUCUGGACGAGGACGCCCGUUGGCUGGAGUGGGUCACCAAACAGUUUGAGAGCAUCGCUGGGGACGACAAAGAGAUCGACAUCGACGAGUUUAAGACGGCGCUGAAGGUCAAAGAGUCUUUCUUCGCAGAGCGUUUCUUCGCUCUGUUCGACUCGGACGGCAGCUCCUCCAUCAGUCUGGACGAGCUGCUGGAGGCUCUCGACCUCCUGAUCCACGGCACCGAGACAGACAAACUCAAGUUCCUGUUCCAGGUCUAUGAUGUGGAUGGCAGCGGCUCCAUCGAUCCCGACGAGCUGCGGACCGUCCUGAAGUCGUGUCUGCGUGAGAGCGCCAUCUCUCUGCCAGAGGAGAAACUGGACGACCUGACGUUGGCGCUCUUUGAGUCCGCUGAUAAAGACAACAGUGGAGCGAUCACCUUCGAGGAGCUGAAAGCAGAGCUGGAGAACUUUCCGGAGGUCAUGGAGAACCUCACCAUCAGUGCAGCAAACUGGUUGAAGCCCCCGGAGUCAGACCAGAAGAAGCGCCACGCCCCUCGGUACCUGACUCGAGCAUACUGGCAAAACAACAGCCGGAAGCUUCUGUUCCUGUGUCUGUACGCCUGCCUCAAUCUGCUGCUCUUCACCUUUGCCAUGCUGCAGCACAAACAGGGCGGGGCCUGGUACAUGGUGGCCAAGGGCUGCGGACAGUGUCUCAACUUCAACUGCACCUUCGUCAUGGUGCUGAUGCUGCGGCGCUGUCUCACCUGGCUCAGAGCUACCUGGGUGGUCCGGGUCUUACCUCUGGACCAGAACAUCCUGCUGCAUCAGAUUGUGGGCUACGCCAUCCUGUGCUUCACCCUGGUGCACACCGUUGCACACAUCUUCAACUUCGUGCAGCUGUCACACAGCAGCGAGUUCAGUCUGUGGGAGUACCUGCUGACCACGCGGCCCGGGAUCGGCUGGGUGAAGGGGACGGCCUCGUUGACCGGAGUGGUUCUGCAGGUGGUGAUCUGUCUGAUGGUGCUCUGCUCCAGCACCUUCGUACGACGCAGCGGACACUUUGAGGUGUUUUACUGGUCUCACCUGUCCUACGUGUUGGUGUGGUCUGUGCUGUUGGUCCACUGUGCAAACUUCUGGAAGUGGUUUGUGGUCCCUGGUCUGCUGUUCUUGCUUGAGAAGAUCAUCGGGAUUGCAGUGUCUCGCAUUGGUGGGCUGUACAUCGUGGAGGUCAACCUGCUGCCAUCAAAGGUGACUCACCUGGUCAUCAAGCGUCCUCAGUUCUUCCAAUUCAAACCUGGCGAUUACGUCUACAUCAACAUCCCCGUGAUCGCCAAAUACGAGUGGCACCCGUUCACCAUCAGCAGCCCCCCAGAGCAGUCAGAUUCUCUGUGGCUUCACAUCCGCUCGAUGGGUCAGUGGACAAACCGUCUGUACGAAUAUUUCAGAGAACCAGAGAGAGAGACGGUCAGCCCUAAACGACUCGCCACCAGCCUGAGGGACCGCAGGCAGCUUCUCAGAACCCAGGAGGACUUGUUCAGCUCGUCAGACGGUGGCGCUGUAGCUUCUAACGAGGACGAUGCAGUCGAGCUGAUGAUGUACCGUCAGAAUGGAUCCCUGUCCGACGUGGCCCUGCCCCCGACCUCCGUAUCCCCAGGGUCAGCGGAUCCUCAGGUUGAGCCAGGACCGGCAGAGCGAGGAGAGGCUUCUCCAAUCAGAGAGGUUCCUGCCAAGCUUGGAGAGAAUCACAGAUUCUGCAACAUCAAGUGUUAUGUGGACGGACCAUACGGGACUCCAACUCGGCAGAUCUUUGCCUCUGAACACGCCGUCCUGAUCGGAGCUGGCAUCGGGAUCACGCCGUUCGCUUCCAUCCUGCAGAGCAUCAUGUACCGAUACCGACAGAGGAAGCAGAACUGUCCCAGCUGUAACUACUCGUGGUGUGAAAACAUCAAAGACAGCGAGAUGAAGUUACGAAAAGUGGACUUUAUCUGGAUCAACAGAGACCAGAAGUCGUUCGAGUGGUUCGUCAGCUUACUGACCAAACUGGAGAUGGAUCAGGCCGACGAGGACCUGGAAGGACGGUUUCUGGAGAUGCACAUGUACAUGACGUCAGCGCUCAGCAAGAACGACAUGAAGGCUAUCGGCCUGCAGAUGGCGCUGGACCUGCUGGCCAAGAAGGAGAAGAGAGACUCCAUCACAGGACUGAGGACGAGGACUCAGCCAGGCAGACCGGAGUGGGGGAAGGUGUUCCAGAAAGUGUCGGAGGAGAACAAAGGUAAAGUUCACGUGUUUUACUGCGGCGCUCCGGCUCUGGCUAAAGUCAUCAAGGCUCAGUGUGAACACUUCGGCUUCCACUUCUACAAGGAAAACUUCUGAGGACACACCUGGUGUGUGUGUGUGUGUGUGUGUGUGUGUGUGUGUCCAUGUGUGUGUCUGUGUGUGUGUGCGUGUGUGUGUCUUCCUGCCUGUGUUGUCAGGUGUUUGAUCAUAAAUGUAUGAAAUGUUCCUGUUUGCUUAAGCCUUGUAAAAUAAUGUAUAUAACAUAACAUUUUCUGUUUUGUUGCUUGAAAAAUGACAGCCAACUUAUCCGUAAUUGUUUGGACCAGAGAAGGUAGGCGGUUUUA